AUGGCGUCCCGAUUGUACAUCGAGCAGAUUGGCAAGGACCUCCAGGAAACCACAGCCCAGCAGAGAAUCCCCCCAGGAGUGAGAAAAAACACCUGCACGGAGUGUGGGAAAACCUUCAGUAGCUGCUCAGCUCUUAUUACACAUCAGAGAAUCCACAUGGGCAAGACACCCUAUAGAUGCUGCGAGUGCGGGAAAAGCUUCAAUCGGAACUCGCACCUUAGUAGACAUCGGAGACUCCACACAGGACAGAGACCCUUUAAAUGCUCCGAGUGCGGGAAAAGUUUCAGCGUGAGCUCAAACCUUAUUGCACAUCAGACAAUCCACACAGGAACCAGACCCUUUACCUGUUCUGAGUGCGGGAAAAGCUUCAAUCGGAACUCAAACCUUAUUACACAUUUUAGAAUCCACACGGGCAGUAGACCUUUCACAUGUGCUGACUGUGGGAAAAGCUUCACUGACAGCUCAAACCUUACUCAGCAUCAGAGAACACAUGUGGGGGAGAGACCCUAUAGAUGCUCAGAGUGCGGGAAAAGCUUCACUCGGAGCUCAGACCUUAUUAGACAUGAAACAAUCCACACAGGAGACAGACCCUUUAAAUGCUCAGCGUGUGGGAAAAGUUUCAAUCAGAACUCACACCUUAUUACGCAUCAGAGGAUCCACAAGGGAGAGUAACCCCAUAAAUAGCUUGGCUAGGGCUGGCCGAAGUUUUUUUUUAUAAUACAUUUGCUAUUUCCCACAUAGUGACCUUUAAAGCUGUUUGCACCAUUUGCUUCACUGUGGUCCCUCAGCUCCCCCAGGUGAAUUGCCCGCUUUUGCUGCUCAUCUUUCUUUGGGGUGAAGCCCAUUGUCCGUUCUAUCAAUUCCUUGAUAUCCUGUAAGGCAUGGGAGUGUGUGCCCCUCCUGACAAGAAUGUCCGUCAGUCCCAGAUAGGGAGAUAGGGAUGACCUCAACUAGCUACAUUGAGGUAAAAUCUACUUGGACUUUGUCUCUACUAGGGUUUUCCGUGGAGUUAGCAAGCUUGAGUAGCUAACUAUUUUUGCAGUAAAGACAUAGCCCUGCUAAAAUGGUUGGGGUUAGCUAGCGCAUUUCUCCUUAAGCUGACCCAACCUCCAUCACUCUUCCUAGUGCAGACAAUCCCAAGCAUCACAUUUCUAUUUACUCCUGCGGGAACUCUGCGCCAAAAAAAUAAAAAUUCUGCACACAAUAUUUUAAAAUUCUGAAAACAAACACUACAUAAUCA